UUCCUGGGGCGGGCGGGUCGAACAUGGCGGCGGGUCGCCGGGCGCUGCUGCGCGCUACCACUCUGCUCCUGGCGGCGGUGCUGGCUCCCGCCGCCACCUCCCCCCGGGCCGGCAGCCCCGGCGGGCCGCGGAGCCGCGUGCAAGUGCUGAGCGGCUCCAACUGGAGCCUGGUGUUGCAGGGCCAGUGGAUGUUGGAGUUCUAUGCUCCUUGGUGUCCAGCUUGUCAACAGAUUGAAUUGACAUGGGAGAGAUUUGCAAAGGAAAGCAAACAUCUAGAUAUCACUGUGGGAAAAGUGGAUAUCACUCAAGAACCAGGCUUGAGUGGUCGUUUCUUUGUCACAACACUUCCUACAAUUUACCAUGCAAAUGAUGGAGUAUUUCGCAGAUACCGAGGCUCGCAGACAUUGGAAGAUCUUCAAGGUUACGUGUUAGAGAGAAAAUGGGAAGCUGUGGAGCCUGUAGCAGGAUGGAAGUCUCCAUCUUCUAUAAUGAUGCAUUGCAUGGCAGGGCUUUUUCACAUCUCUGGAUGGAUGAGGCAAAUACAUAACUACCUCACCGGCACUCUUGGAUUUCACGUUUGGAUGUCUUACGCAAUCUUCAUCUUAGCUACUUUAUUGAUCGGCCUGUUCCUGGGUUUGGUACUGGUUUUGAUUUCGGACUGUCUAUGCCCACCCAAGUCAAGAGACGAAGCUGAAACAUCUGAUGAAGCAAUUACAAAGGAUAAUGCGGAGAAUGCAGCAUUAGAAGAACCGGAGGAGGCUGCAGAGCUUUCUGCAGAUGAUGCAGAAGAGACUGCAGGCUUUAAGGAUCUCUCAGAUGGAGAAGAUGCAGCAAAUUCUAGUGCUGAUGACUCGGAGGAGGAUUUAGCACUUGGAAAAGAAUCAGGGGAAGAAGAAAUGGAAGACCUAAGUGAACAACCUUUAGCUGAUUCUGAGACUGAAAGCUCAGUAAGACAGCGUAGAAGUCAGGUGGCUGAUAACGAACUAUAGUUUUUUUGGUGGGUUAUUUUGUACACUUGGACCAAAGAAGUAUCAGACACUGGGUCUGAAGCUGAAGCUUACACUUGAUUUGUCAUUUGUGUUUACGUAAAACCUCUGCUCUGUCAGCAGGCUUCUCUCUUUUUUUUUUUAUUUUUUAAAGCUAAUGCUUGCUUGCUUUGUUUUAUAAGCACAUAUGCUGUGUGUUGUAUAACUUUAGCCAUGACAAUCAAAAUAAGUGUAUCUUACCUGUUUGAAGUCUUCUAAGAGAAAAGGGAUGUAACAGUCCCUGUUGUCAGCUGCUAAAUGGUCAUCUGUGCUUGUCUUCCUGAAAGCAUCGACCUAAGCAAGGUCAGGACUUCCCACUCUUUACGGUAGCUUGGCAGGACUGUGGUUUUCUCUCUGAACAUUUGUUUCCAGCUGCCACAGAAGUACCAGGUAAGUGAUACAGUCAUGAAAGAAGGCACCUUACUAGUCUUCUAUUAAAAAUGUUGUGUACAGUGGGUUUAUUUUUAUGACUUUCAAUGAAGCACCUUUCUCUUUCAUUUUUAUUAAUGUUCGUUUUAAAAGUUUAUCAUACAGUACGCCCCCAGAUUUUUCAGGUUUUGGUAAUUUGGAGGCAUGCUGCACAGCUCAAGUUUAUCAGCUGAGUUCUUUGACCCAGGGAGUUUGAGAAAUUGAAAACCUCAGGCUGAGAAAGUGGCAGCUAAAUAUUUUAAAUAUGUUUGAACUUUUAAAAGGUUUAAAGGAAGUUUAUUUUAGUCAGGUGAGAUUUUGCCAAAGAUUUUUUUUUCCCUUUUUUUUUUCUUCCCCCUGCAAGAGAUUGUAGCAAGAAGUAUUCACUUUGUGGUUGUUAGGUUGUGUAUUUCCUGCCAAUACAAGCUUGUCGUGUGCCGUUCUGCCGUUUCCAGCUCUGAAUGCUUUUGGCAGAACUCAAAACUGCUUUAGUAAUAUUAACUGAAGAGGCGCUUAAGGUUUUACCUUUGAUCCCUUUUUCUGCUUUUUGUCACUGGAAUCGGCACAUAAGGAAAAGAGGGGCAUGGGUGGGAGUGGAGGGAGAAACUUUUGGUUUUGCUACUUAUAUCAAGAUAAAUGUGUGUCUGUUGAACUGUAUAAAGUGAAAAUGGCUUGUCAGGUAGACAGCUUUAGGCAUGAUUAGGAGUCUUAAGUCAUUAAAGAUAUCAGUAUUUCACUUGUUUGACUUGGGUUAAUAUAUAAGGCUUUAUUUUUUUUUUAGUAAGGAAUACCUACAGUGAGACCCUCUAUGUUCCUGUUUUGUUGAUAUGUGAUCAUACACAUAAGAUGUGUCUUAAUCUUGAUAAUUUUAAAUAUAUAUAUAUUGCAUAAACCUUGCCUACAUGCAUGAAUUUCAUCUUGCUCUUCAAGAAUAAAAAGGAAUUGGAGAUGAGAUUGUAUCUCCUUAAAACAGACAGGUUGCAAGUCCAAAACGCUGGUUUCCUUUGAGACCGAGAUGAAUAGGGCCAAUUUGUGUUCAAGUUUUGUGUUUUGUUUUGUGGAGUUUUUUUAUUAUUAUUGCUCAUAAAGAACAUACUUACUAAGAAAGCUUAACUUUUCCUGCCUAUGUUCUGCUGUGUGUUAUGUCCUAGAACUGUAUGGUCAAAAUUUUGCAUUUGUCUGUUAACAGCUUUGUGAAGAACAAAAUUGCACUACAUAUGGUGAAUAUGAAUUUUCUUAAGGAAUGUUCUCCGUCUGGAGCUUGAAUUUCAUAUAGUGGACAUAUGUAAAUACACUUUCAUGUAUGUGAAAACAUACAGUUGACAGUAUAUAUACAUUGCACUAGGAGAACAGUUUGUGCUAUUUGGGCAUUGUCCCAUGUAGCUGAGCAAUUCUGGAAGCUUACAGUGGAACUCAGCAGCUGAGGUACUUAGCAGUGAGGGGGUUUGUUUGUUUUUGGUGUGGUUUGUUUUUUUUAAAAAAAACAAGCAACCCCAAACUCAAGUUAAGCUUUUAUUUGCAAAAAAUAAGAAAACUUUGUGGCCACUGUAGUCUGGAGGGAAGAACUGUGCACCUUAGAAGCUUGGAGUAUGGAUUUGUUGUUUCCAUGAUGUAUUUGCUUUUUGCAUUCUGUGCAUCAGGAACCCAUAGAAGUCUAAGAGCACAAGACGACUGUAACCAUAUUUCAUGAGACAAGCAGGAGCUGGUGUGUACAUUCAGUUACGUGAACUUGCAUAACGUAAGAAUAGACGUAGCCCCUUGUUCAUGGAUCCAAAACUACCAGACACUGAAAAACAUGUGGGACUGUAUCCAGCACAGAUUGAGGGCAAUGAUGACUUUGGUAGUGUACUGAGGUGGGUAUUUUGUACUGCGCUGUGUCUUCUCAUACUCAGUGUGUAGGAGGGAGCAUGUCAAUAUUAAAUUUUGGUUUGAUUUCUCUUCAUGUUUGUAAUACUGUAGAGCCUGUCAUCUAAUAUCCACUUCAGCUGUUUAAAGAGGUUUUAACUCUAAAAGAUACGGAACAUCCGUAUACCUCACAGUGGCUUUGUUGGAUGCUGUUGGAUAUAUGAAGUAUUAGAAAGUCAAGUGUGCCUCUUUCCAGUGCUCAAGAUGGGGUGUUUGGGCUUUUUGAAUGUUUAGAUAAGUAAGAUGCUCUCAGGAGAGUUAAUUUCAGUACUUUGUCUUUAAUUUAAAGAAACAGAAAAACAAAUGACAAGUUGCACUUCGUCCUACAAGAUGCAUGGCUUAUGAGAUGAUGGGAGAAAGAUCAGAAAGCUCCUUUGGUGAUUCUCUGAAGUCUCUGCUUACAUUGCCCCUGGGUUUGCAUGUCACUGUGAAGUUUGGAUUAUUUAGGAUGAAGAUACUAAGUAUUUUCCAUCGUAAUAGACCUAACUCCAGUCACACUCUGAUGAGCAGGGAUUCAGUAAGCAGGCAGCAAGUGGCAGCAGUUUUGUCUUGUGAGUCUGGCAAUGAGCUAUACUGGGCUUCUAAGGUUGCUUGAACGUAAUAUGUGUGUUGUUGCUCCAGUGUUUUCAUUAAUGAAGUAGGGAAUGUAAUGCUAAUUUGACUUUGUAUUUGACAUGUAUCGGACUAUCUUAUGACAAAGAUCACUAAAUUGUGAUUAAGACUUUAGAAAAACAGGUGCUAUGGAACCGUUGAUCUCUCCAACUUAGUUGGACAUUUGUAGGAAAAAUACUGUAGCAUGAUACUGGAGAUACUUAGGUUUGACUAAUAUUUAUCUGGUAACCAACAAGUAGUAAACACUGUAAAGGCUACAUAUGUAUUUUAACAGAAAGACUAGUAGCUAUGCAGUAAGAGUGUAAUGUUAAUAUACUUUCCAGAACUGGGGGGGGAGGUUCCGCUAAAACACAUUUUAAUUGAAUCAUGCAAGUUUAGUACUAAUUGACUAUUACAAUAGUAUUAAACUUGGUGUGUUUCAAAAAAAAAAAGUCAGUAUCAACCUUUUGUGCAAUCCGUGUUCUGUUACCUUUGUUCUGAGUAGCUUUUUUAAAUGGAACUUGUUCUUGCAACCUCAGUAUAAACAAAAUUUCCUUGGAGAAGCUGCUGCUAACACCGUUCAAAAUGUUGUGGUGAAGGAUAGGGCUGUAAGGCUUGUGAACUAGAGCUCUAUGUCAAAAACGACUUAAGAUUUUUGAGGACAGAUUUAAAUUUCAGCUGGUGUGCAUGCCACGCUGAAACCCAGUCCCUGAUGGAUCUGAAUGUGUAUGCUUAAAAGCAAGUAAUUAAAAAAAAUCCAGUGGGUUACUUUUUAGACAGGCUAGACAUGUGUACAGGCUUUCAAAAUUCCUGUCCUCCAGAUUUGUGACACUUGUAUGCGCAUCUUGGAAUAGUCUGUACGUGCUGUACCUGUGCUCAGCAACACUUGUUAUGUGGGCUUUCUUCAUGGAAAUGUUACACAGGGUUGUCUUUUAUGUGAAAGUGUUGCAAAUUUAUGCUAUGGGUAUUUUUACUGAAAUUCCAUAUAAAUUUUGUAUUGACGAUC